UCCAUGUCCGAUCCCUGACUAAUGCUGUAUUCGUGAUAAGGAUAAGAAUGGCGAUAUCGCUAGGACGAAGCUGGUUAGGCUUGCCGUGAGGAUGCGAGGCACCCGAAGGCAUCAACCGCGCCAUCUCCCCUCAUCUGCUCUUACCCCCGAGUCCCGAGAAAGCCCCAGCCUGUACGCAGACCCCAGAGUGCAAGCAGCAACCUGCCAGAGUCAACCACUGCCGGUAUCAAUCGUGUUCUCAACGUUGCGCCAUCUUCCACCACACCCCGGACAGAUCUCUAUCUAGAAUCUACUAUCCACUAUUUAUAUCUUAAGGUCCUGGCCAUGGCCCACAAUAGUGGCGUUCCCCGCAUCACGGAUGCGACAAAAGUGUGGACCACGCUCGUCACGAAUACUGCUUACCUAUCUGGGCUUCUGACCCUGGAGUACUCCCUUCGCAAAGUGGGCUCAAAAUAUCCGCUGGUAGCCCUCUACACAGACACCUUCCCGGCCGAGGGCCACGCUGCUCUCGAUGCUCGGGGGAUUUUGAAGCAGCGGGUCCCCUAUCUUCUUCCAUCGAUACCAAAAGACUAUGCCAAUGAUGUGCGAUUCUAUGACUGCUGGAGCAAGCUCACGUCCUUCUCUCUGGUGGAGUAUGAGCGCGUCGUGCAGCUCGACAGUGACAUGAUGGUUCUCCGGAAUAUGGACGAGCUGAUGGAAAUUGAGCUGGAUCCGCCAGCUAUGGCCGGGGCAGGAAACCGUGUCUUUGCUUCCAGCCAUGCUUGUGUUUGUAACCCGCUGCAGAAACCGCACUAUCCUCAGGACUGGAUCCCUUCCAAUUGUGCAUUCACCUCACAACAUGAGACCCCCAACGUCGCCCAAACAGAGGGUGCGUCACCCACUUUCGGCUUGGGGAUGAACAACGGUGGUCUCCUGGUGGUCAAUCCGUCCCAAGAGACCUAUGACAGAAUCGUCUCGCAGCUUGGCUCGACCGCGACGUCCAACUACGAGUUUGCUGACCAAUCCCUACUAUCAGACGUGUUCUUUGGGCGUUGGGUUGCGCUGCCGUAUGUGUAUAAUGCCCUCAAAACUAUGCGGUGGGAGGGGGUGCAUGAUGCGAUCUGGCGGGACGAGAGCGUCAAGAAUAUACAUUAUAUCCUGAGCCCGAAACCCUGGGAUGAGAGUGAGGAUAUUCGGACAGGUCGCGUGGCUCGGCCGAUCCGAGACGCAUCGCACUCCUGGUGGUGGGAGACCACGGAGGAGAGGGUCAAGGAGGAAAGGGCAAGAGGGGUCGAUGACCGGUUCUAAGAGCAUGGGACGGUUCUGGACCACCGCUGCACUUUAAAGCAUAUAGACCUGUCACAAUCCAAGAUCAAUGGUGUUAUGUACAUAUGUCCAUAAAUCGAGCCCUCGCUAGAAGGAUGGGACGUGGAAUGGAGCGUGUCGAGGGAACAGUCAUGUCAUGUCCGACUGCCAGGCUGCAUUCGGAACCCGCCCAUUCAGGCUCCCAGGUGUCGAGCCCCGCGCCACGCCCUGAUUGGCCGGGAGAUGACGUCAGGGACCGCCUGGGCAGGACUCGUCAC